CGGAAGAAAAAAGAGAAAGUAGGAAGCAUAAACCCUUGGAAGUUCAUAAAAGAGGAACAUUUUCUCCUACACGUGAUGUAAGUUGAUAAACCCUUGGAAGUGAAAAUGCUGAAGUUGAUUCGCUCUUCAUGGAACCAUUACAACACCCUUCGUCUCUUACAUUCUUCUUGGACACAAACCGAUUCGCUUUUCACUCGAAUUUCCAGAGCCGGAGACCCAAUCAUUCCCAUGACUCCUAUCCUCAAUCAAUGGAUUCAAGAGGGCAGAGACAUCAAACAAUCCGAACUCCAAUUUUUCAUCAAAAAACUCAGAUCCUAUCGUCGCUUUAAUCAAGCUCUUCAGAUAUCGGAAUGGAUGAGCAACGAAAGAAACCUUCAUUUAUUAUCUGGAGACAUUGCCAUACGUCUUGACUUGAUAGCUAAAGUCCGCGGCCUAGAUGAAUCACAAAAAUAUUUUGACAGUAUUCCAAACACUUCAAGAGAUUUCAAGAUCUACAGUGCUCUUUUGAAUUGUUAUGCACAAUACAACUCUGUGGAGAAGGCAGAGGCUACCAUGAAGAAAGUAAAAGAGUGUUCUUCAAAUCAUUCACCAGACUUAGUAUUGAGUUAUAAUGCUCUGUUAAAGCUCUAUACUCGGAAAGGUCAGCACGAGAAAUUGGUUGCUCUGAUGAAAGAAAUGCAAGAGAAGCAAAUGUACAGCAGUUCUACACUUCCUAUUUGGCUCAAUGCUUAUGUGAACAUUAAUGACAUCGAUGGUAUGGAGAAGUUAUUGGCGAAUAUGGAAGUUGAUCGCGGCGUAAUUUUGGGCUGGUUCCUGUAUUCUGUUGCAGCAGAUGGAUAUAUUAAAGCUGGCCAAUUAGACAAGUCAUUGGCAAUGUUGAAAAAAUCUGAACAGUUGAUUAAAGGCAAGUCAAAGAGAGCUGCAUAUGAAUCUCUUCUAACUAAGUAUGCUGCUAUUGGAAAAAAGGAUGACGUGUAUCGCAUUUGGAAUAUAUGCAAAAACUUAAAUGGUUCCCACAAUUCAGUUUACAUCUCAAUGUUAACUGCAUUAUCAAAGCUAAAUGACAUUGAGGGAGCUGAGAGGAUUCUUGAGGAAUGGGAAUCUGGAAAAACAUGCUUUGACAUCAGAAUUCCAAGUGUGAUGGUGAGUGCUUACUGUAAGAAAGGUAUGUUGGAAAAGGCUGAAGCAUUUAUUGGGGGACUUUUAAAAAGAGGCAACAAAUUAGAUGGAAGAAUAUGGGAUCGAUUGGCACGCGGCUAUUACAAGUGUAAUGAUAUGGAUAAAGCAGUUGAUGCAAUGAAGAAAGCAGUAUUGGAAAGUCCACAAGGAUGGAAGCCUUACCCUUUUACUUUUGCUGCAUGUAUUGAGCACAUGAAAGAUAAGAAUGAUUUGGAGUCGGCAUUGGAGAUUCUUGGUUCAUGUAGGGAACAAGGACAUUUCUCAGAAGCUACUUCUGAUAAGUUGUUAAGUUAUGUAAAAGGUAAAAUCGCAGAAACAAAUGCAUUGAAACUCGUCAAAGGAGUUUAUCAUCUGAGGACUGAUCUAGUGCUGGAUGGACAGGAUGGUGAGAACUAUGUUGUCAAUAGCACUGCGACUGAGCACAAUAGCAGUUUAGUGGACCAGUUUAAGGGUCUGCUGCGACACUUUUUACCGGCUACACGCAGCAAAUAGUAGCGGUGAACGCAGCCGCUAAUCGCGGCAAAUGGCAUUUCACUUCCCCUUCUGUAAUAGGGUUCGCAAUACCAUGUUUGCCCUCUGAUAUUUUUAGUUAUUAAUUUUUUAUGGGUUAUUUGGUCUUUUUGUAAUAUUAUAUUAAACACUAAUACUCUCUUCCUGGAUUCCGAUUCCGAUUAGCUGCAUUCACCAAAGCCAAGCAGUCAAGCAAACUACAACCGUUUAAACCAUCGCAUGCUGUGCAGUAACGUCAUUUUUUACAGUAAAAUUAAAGCUGUUCUUUUA